UCGGCGCAUGCGCAGUGCGCUCUGUCUGUGGCUCUUCUCAGUGCUGCGGCUCGUCUCGUUUGUGGCGGAUGCUUUUCGCGUUUUCUCCACAUUUCAACACUUUUCUGUCCGUUUGAAUCGGUGUGAAUCGUUUUGAAUCGUUCAGAGCCGAGUCUGCGCAGCCAGAGCCUCCUGAGCCUGUUCUUGGACCUCGUCUUCAGAUCAGCCCAAUGUUGUGUCACCUCCAUCUUUAAACCAAUCAGUAUGAAGAAGAGGCCCCUGCCCUGUCACAAGCCCCGCCCACUCCAGCUAGCGGCAUCCAAUCGGCCGCUGCGAUGCCUGUGAUGGACAGCGUUACCCACUUCGGUGACAUGGGGCAGUUCCAAGAUGGCGCCUGCCCUUCCCCCUCCACUCCAUUGCCGAUCAGAGCCACGGUAGCUCCGCCCCCUUCCGCUUUAGCUCCGCCUCCUCCACCAGCCCCGCCCCCUCCUCCUCCACCCCUGCCCCUGCUGCCGGGACUGGGAGACCCCUCCACGGGACUCAGGCGGAACAAGAGCGUGAGGAAACUGUUUUGGAAGACCAUCCCAGAGCAUCAGGUGAGGGGGCGUCCCAACCUGUGGACCCAGGGCCCAGUGGAGCGGCACCAGAUCGACGUCCAGACCAUCAACGAGCUGUUUGGUCACGACGACUGUCAAUCAAACAAGACCCCGCCCACGAGAGGAGGGAGGGGCCGGACGUCCUUCAGAGAAACAAAAGAGGAGGUGUGUAUCCUCGAUGGAAAAAGAGGUUUGAACAUUGGGAUUUUCCUCAAACAGUUUAAAAGGUCAAAUCGGUCGAUCGUGGACGACAUCCAGAACGGAAACAGUGAAGUGUACGGACCAGAGCCUCUGAGGGAACUGCUCAAAGUACUGCCCGAGUCAGACGAGGUGGAGAAGUUGAAGUCGUUCAGAGGAGACGUGUCUAAACUCUCAUUGGCUGAUUCUUUUGUUUACCUGUUGGUGCAGGUGCCCAGUUACAUCGUUCGUAUUGAGUCGAUGCUUCUGAAGGAGGAGUUUCCAGCCGAGUGUGAGUCCAUGAAACAAGACAUCACCAUCCUGCGCUCUGCUAUUAAAGAGUUGAUGUCCUGUGAGGAGCUUCAUUCUGUUCUUCAUCUGGUGCUUCAGGCUGGAAACAUCUUAAACACCGGCGGUUACUGUGGAAACGCCGUGGGAUUUAAACUCUCGUCUUUACCGACUUUGGCCGAGACCAAAUCCAACAAACCAGGAAUGAACCUGCUGCACUUUGUGGCUCUGGAGGCUCAGAAAAAGGACGAGAAGCUGCUGGAGUUUCCUCUGAGUUUGACUCACGUUCAGGCGGCGUCCAGAGUCUCUGUGGAGACCCUGGACUCUGAGCUGCAGCGUCUCGUGUGUCGGACUCGAUCCAUGGAACAAAACGCACAACGAGACGCACAACUAAAGCAACAACUGGACACUUUUCUACAGAGCGCCGCGUCCGCCCUGUGUGUGUUGUGCGACUGUCGGGAGCAGCUCAGAGUCGAGUCUGACGACCUGCUGCACUUUUUCUGUGAAGACAAAGACACGUUUAAACUGGACGACUGUUUCAGCGUCUUCAGCUCGUUCUGUCUCCGCUUCAACGCCGCCGUCAAGGAGAACGCCGAGCGCGAGAGGAAGGAAACGGCUCGGACACGCAGACUUCAGGCGCUGGAGGAGCAGAAGAGGCACUCGUGGGCGGCUGGAGAACAGUUGGGCCGUGUGUUCGGUCUUCGCAGCAGCAGCGAACUGGACGUGAACUCGGCCUUAUCCCGCAAUGACGAGGCCGACCUUCUGCUGGAGCUCCUGAGGCCCAGAUCCCAUCCACGCUCUCCUCUUCUACGACGAUCCGGCAGCGUCCGACAGACGAGAAACUCAACCGAGCGAGACGUGAGGGCAUCUGAAGUAAAACACGCAGAGAGGAAAGACAGUUCGAUGAGCCUACACGUCACACAUGAACAACAAACGCCACAAAACGCAGUAAAUGUGACGACGGAAUACCUCAGGGAUAACGCGAAACACCAGACCGACACAGCUACCUCUGAUCUCAACAAUAACGGAAAACAACAUUAUCGUGACGAAGCUAACGGCAAAGACGAAUUUAAACCGGACACGAAACCAAAAUGCGACGCUUCAAAUAUAUCUAUAAUUGUCGAAAAAUGCACGUUGGUCCCUGAACUGAAAGCUUUUGACAAGGUAACCGCGGCAACAGGAAGCAAAGAACAAAAGGAUCUGACGUUUUCAGACUUUGACGAACCAAAUCUCGAGAAGUCAAGCGAGAAAGUCGAGUUUGUAGUUAAAACGAAAGACGACCUUAGCGAUACCGUCAUAGUUUGGUGCGUUACCGGAGUUUGCGAGGCGGAAGAAGGUCAAAAUGGCGAUCAAAACGUCACGGAAACGCCUUCGACCAAUCGCACGGCUUCCGACCAGCAGCCAGCCAAUCACAACGCAGUGCCUAUUAGCAGCCAGCCCAUGCCUUCAACGCGAUUGCUGGAUAUCACUACAGUUGCCUUACAAGCUGGACAAGAAAACCUCGAGAUUGGACGUGGAGAGGUUUUGACCAAUCAGAGUGCAGGAGAGGAAGGAGGGUCAGCCAAUCAGGAGACGGCAGGUGAGGGAGAUCGUCAAGGAAGUCGAUUUGAUUCGGGAAAAGAGGAAGAACUUCGGCAAGAAAUUGAGACGAACGAUUCAAAAGUCGAUCAAAAUACUAAAAUAAGGACUGACGUUUUGGAAAAAGUAAAAAAUAAAACUAACGCCAAGACGGAACAGUUGGCGAAACCGUCUCCUAGGACAAAAACGUCACCAGGAAGUAAAGCCAUCCGAACUUUAACCGCAACAGAAAACCAUAACAUUCGUAGAGUGGUUCCGAUUUCACGGCCGAACUCGGCAAAAGCUCCAGCAGACAGACUUCCAGGGAACCAAAGGGGGAUUUCGUCUUUAACUGUCCCGAGUAGGAGCGCUUCACGUCGGGGAGAGCGUCCAUCCACCGCCCCCUCCUCCAGGCGAUCCAGUUUCAACAGAGCGGACCAAGACCAAACUGCGACAAAAAAGAUGCAAGAAACGAAAAAAGCGCCGACAGAAGAAAAGAUUUGCAGGUCUACCUUAAGGUCGAUGAACCAGAAGGAGGACAGAGGGGUUUUGAGCGCCCCGGUCACCCCCAUUCACAAAACCACGCCCGGGUUUGCGAGAAACACGGCGUCUAGUUCGUUCAGGAGGACAAAUACAGGUUUCGCAAAGACUUCAGCCAAUACCAACGUCGCUUCAUCGCAAAACUCUCCAAAAAUAUCACCCAAAAUGUCGUCUCCUUUGAAAUCGUCUCAAAAAACGUCCAGUUCUAUGCAAAAUGCGGUGAAUUCGUCGUCGAAAAUCUCCUCCGCCAAAGUCUUUCCAUCCACAACUUCGGCAGAGAGUGAAGCAAAAACAAAUCCUAAAGUGUCGUCCCAAAAAAUGUCGUCUUCGUCCAGUGUCACAGCCCAAAAAACGACCGUCAGUUCAACAAAUAACGCGAAUUUUAAAAUAACAUUUCCAUCAAAAGAUCAACAGGAUUCAGAAAUGCUAAAAAGCAAAAAAAUAGCGUCAGAAAUCGCAAAAACGUCUCCCGAGCUGCCGUUAGAUUUCGCAAAUAACGCAAACUUGGAUAGCGUCGAUUCUAGCGAGGCAAGGGUUCGAAAUAUAUCGAAACUGCAUAUCGAUCUGACGAAAAACAGAACUCCGAAGUCUCAGGUUUCAACUAAUUCAAAUCAGAAUUCUCCAAAAAUUCUGUCCGGAAAUGACGCUCUGAAUUUAAGAAACAAUAAUCUGGAUACGCCUCAACUGUCCCAAACCUCAUCGCCGCAAGUUUCUCCUCUGACAAAUUUAUCCUCUCAAAUUACACAAAACGACAACGCACGUCCUGGCGAAGUCAAAACGCCUCAUUUGUCCAAUCUGACUGAUACAAAACGCUCGGAAAACGCAACAAAAUUGGCAAAAUCUCUCAAAUUCCCUUCAAACGCUCCGAGUUCCCCGUCGAAAACGUCGUCUCCUAACGCUACUCCUCGCUCGUCAGUAACCGCACAAUCGCCAAAUAAUAAUUCAAAGUCGUCUCCAAAACCUCCCACAUCUUCGUGUCCGUCUUUGCCUCGUUCCGGGUCAUUCCGAGUCCCGACUUCUUCGCCCAAAAGUCCAGAUUUAGGCUCGAAAGGUGUCAGAGCGUCGCCCCGUUCACCGCAGCUCGGCGCUCCCCCUAGCGGUCGCAGACGGAACGACAGUGGAAAUUUCUCCGACAAAACGGCGCCGUCGACAAAGUUCACGUCUAGACCGACCUGGAGAUAACGAAAAGUGGGAAUAGUUUAGAUUUUAUUUUUGGAAGAGGUACGAAAAUGAGUCGUUUAGUUUCGUCUUUAGUCCAAUUUUCCUUCAAAUAAUGUCGUCAAAAGUAUCGAAAACCGGGCAGUAAUCGAUGCUAAAACGAGUAUCGAAACUAGAUACUCAUCGCGCAAGAAAACUGCAACGAAAAAGACGCAAGAAACCAAAAAAAAAAAAGCACAGACGGAAGAAAAGAUUUGCAGGUUUACCUUAAGGUCGGUGAACCAGGUGUGGAGCGCACCGUUCACAAAACCACGCCCGGGUUCGCACGAAACACGGCGUCUAGUCCAUUCACAAGGACAAAGACAAGUGUCGCCAAGACGUCAGCCAAUAAGAACGCAGCUUCAUCGCAAAACUCGCCUAAAACGAAACUAGAGACUCAUUUUUCGCAGGAAUCGGUCCUAAAAAAGUCCGUCUGAAAUGAACCUUUCCUGAAUCUGUUUUGAAUGAUCUUCAGCUGCAUCGGGACAAGUUUAAGACACGUGGACUAGAACAUGUUCCACAGUAGGGCAUUAAAACUUUUCACUGUAGACGAGCAGGUCAUGCCACUGGACCGAGUCACACGCCAGGUCUGUGGAGAGGCGACCCGCGCUGGCCCGCUCACGGCGACGAUACGUGUUUUUCAAGGCAACUUUGAGCAAUUAAACGCCUAAGAAAGUAAAGUUUAAUGCUGUACUGCGGGACAUUUCGGGCAAUGGAAUGGAAUGACAUCGCCAUGGAGACGAUUGACCCCAAUGAUCAGCAGACCCAAACCAGAAAAGUUCCAAAAUACACCUUUAAAAACACAUUCAAUGACUUAUAUGCAAAAAAUAAAAAUAAAAUGGUAAAAACAGUUUAGUUGUUUUAAAAAAAAAUGGGGAUUAAAAUGUGGGUUUGGUGUUUUAUGAUUUUUAAAAACACAAAAAAUGAGACUUUUGUAGCUUCACUGAUUUGAUUUUAGACGAGUUUGACACUUGUGUAAAUGUAGAUGAACUCUUAGUGUUCAGACAGACACUAAACACAGAGACAGGACUUUGGACCCGUCAAACACCAGAAAACUGCGUGGACGAGCUUUAAUGCCGCACUACGCAACUUUUCUGGCUUUGGCUCGGCCUCGCUCUCGUCUCCAUGGAGAUGUUUUCCAGCGGUUUUCCUGGGAUGUCCCGCAGUCUGGCGUUACACUGACUCGCGUUGCAUUUAUUCAGGUGUAAACGUGCGUUCUGAGGCGAGGCCGCUCCUCCACAGGUCUGACCCGUAACCCGGCCCGGUGGCGUCGCCUGCUCGUCACCGCGGAGACGGAUCGUUUUAACGCCACGUCACGCGGCCUCUCAGGGAAAAACGUAACCGUCCCUAUGGAGACGAGCAAAUGACACAGUGCAGCUUUAAGUGCUUCUGUUGUG